AUGUGUGGGACGGGGGAGAACGGGGGUCGUACCCCACUGUGGGGCCGCACCCGGAGCCACUCUGGGGCCGGGGAUGGCGGCGUGCACCGCGAGCCCGGGGGGAUCACUGGGGAAGGCGCUGAGGGUCGCCCCCCGGAGCCCCCCGACCCGCCCCAAACACGGCACGGCCGCGGCCCCCCGCAGCCGUCUGCCCGCGAUAAGGCCGUGGCCGAGCUUGCCUGCCCCCAGCCCGUGGGGCUCGGCCGUCUCAACACCACCUCAUGUCCCCAGAUCCCCCUGCCCGAGGCUGCCUGGCAGCCCCCAUCGCACAGGACGUGCCAGCAGAGCUCCCAGUGCCCCCGUGGGAAGGGGAAGCCCCCCACGCUGGCCCCCGCUCGCCCCUCGCCUGCCCCCGGCGCUGGGAACGGCCCCGGCCCCUUCCGGCCCCCCCGGCCCCGGGCCGGAGGCAGCUGUGCCGGGGCGCCCUGCCAAGGCACCGAAGCCUCGACGCCUUCCCCCCCAUCCCGGCCGCCCCCGCGGCGCCCCGGGGAGCUGCGACCCCCCGAGCUCACCCUGCCACCCCGCCAGCACCCCCAGCACCCCCUGCCCCCUGACUUUGGGGGUGCCGUGCCAAAGGGAGGGGUCCAGCAGAGCCUGGAGACCCCCGUGGUGUCUGUUCCCCGGCCAGCUGUGGGAAGUGGCCCCCCCUGCACAGGAAAUCCCUCCUCAUGGACAGGGCUGCCCCCGGCGGGACCCCCUCCUGCUGCCGGGGUGUCCCCCCCGCUGCCGGGGCCCCUCGCCGGCUGGGCAGCGCUGCUCGCCCGCCUAAUCCCGGCCCCGGCACGGGCGGAUUUGCUGCGCCCCGGCCCCAUGAAUGAUUAA